CCCCAAAGCAUUGUAGGAAUAUAUUGGAUCACGAAUCGGUUCAACGUUCUGGUAUCUGCAAGGUGGAAAGUAAACGCAAUAAAAAAUAAAAAAAAAUGUUAACGUGUAUAUCAUAAAAAAAUCAAAAGAAAUGACAAGGUCUAUACAAGUUUUACAUAUUCCAAUUUCUGAAAACAUUUCCUAGUGAAGUUCAAAUCACAAAUCUAGUUUUGAUAUCGAAUAUGUUUAGUAUUUAGCCCUACUUAAUAGUUUAAAUAGCCCCAUAUAUGUUGUCCCUAUUUCUUUAUGAUGAGUGCUUCUGAGAAAGAUCACAUUUAUCCGGAUAAGUGGGUUUGUGAAUAUUGCACAUUUGAAAAUUAUGCAUCAUCAUUGAAGUGUACAAUGUGCCGAGGAUCAAAGCCUCUGCUGAAUGAAGACAUAUUUCGAUUGAGUCCUGUGACUGAGUCCUCAAGCAAUUUACCUGGGCUUGCUAUAGGCUCAGCUGAAUCUCCUUAUUCUGACAAAUGGUCCUGCACAGCAUGUACAUUUCUAAAUUGGCCCCGAGCUCAAACUUGCGUUCAAUGCAACACCAAGAAAAGUACAAAUUUUGAAAAUCAUGAGCCUUUACGAAUGCAUCAAAAUUCUGAUCUAGCACAAGCCAUGAUUAUAAAUCAACCAAAAAAAAAUAGCUCAUUAAAUUUAAGAAGUCGUACUACAAGCCCUAUAAAUAAUGAUGAUUCUCAAAUGAAAUGGUCUUGCCCUGUGUGUACAUAUGAAAAUUGGCCAAAAAAUUUAAAAUGUACAAUGUGUGGUACACAGCGUUCAAAUGUAAAUAGUAGCUCAAUUAUUAACAAAGACCAACAGGGCUUGCGAAUAAUAUCACCAAAUAAAAAUCCUAAUUGUACUAUAACUAGCCAAGCACAUUCAAGAAAUAAUUCUAACGGGAGUAUUAUUGCAACUAGCUUGCCUUCACCUGAAAGGGAUCAAGCUGCUGCUUUAAAUAAUACUAUAAAUAAAUUCAGUGGUAGUAAUGCCGCUUUAUCAUCAGAUGACUGUUCUGGCAAUAAUAUGAUUAUCAAGAGGCAUAGUUCUAGAAUGGGCUGUAAUGAGGGAGGAACACAGAAUAUUGGUCAGAAUGCAAACAACUGUGAAUUGGAAAGAAGAUUACGCCAAUUGAGACGGCAAGCUGACUGGAGUUGGUUAAAUGCAUGUUUAGGCGUGCUAGAAGGUGAUAUAAAUCCAGUAGAGGCAUAUAUCUCAUCUGGAGGUGACCCAACAAGGCAAUUAACAGCUAAUGAAGUAGCUCUUUUAAAUAGAAGUUCUGCAUUUGAUGUUGGUCAUACUCUCAUACAUUUAGCUAUUAGAUUUCACAGAGAAGACAUGUUAGCAACUUUGUUAUCACAAAUAUCAGGUUCUGGAUCCGGUAUAAAAAGAGUUCCAUCAUAUGUUGCUCCUGAUUUAGCUACUGAUAUCAGACGACACAUAGCUGGUACUGUAAGAUUAAGGAAAGGAGCCUUUCCUUGCAGUUUCAUCACAGAACAUGCAACUUUUGCAUUGCCUGCAGAUAUUGAAGAGUUGCCUACAUCAGUGCAGGAGCAACUGUUUGAAGAGUUGCUUGAUAAAGACUCACAGCAGCAAUUAGAAUCUGCACCACCUGCUCUUAAUUGGUCAUUGGAAGUAACAGUUAGAUUAGGUUCUCGGUUGUAUGCAUUGUGGAAUAGAUCUGCCGGAGAUUGCUUGUUAGAUAGUGCAAUGCAAGCUACUUGGGGUGUUUUUGAUCGUGAUAAUACAUUACGCAGGGCGUUAGCAGACAGUUUGCAUCAAGCUGGUCAUGUAUUUUUUCCUCGCUGGAAAGAAUAUGAAAAAUCUCAAGCAUCACUAAUGCAUUUCUCAUUGGAUGAAUCCCAAUGGGAAGAUGAUUGGGCUGCUUUGCUAUCAUUGGCCAGUCAACCUGGUAGUUCGCUUGAACAACUGCAUGUGUUUGCACUAGCUCAUGUUCUAAGAAGACCUAUAAUAGUGUAUGGAGUAAAGUAUGUGAAAAGUUUUAGGGGUGAAGCUUUGGGAUAUGCUAGAUUUGAAGGUGUAUAUCUGCCUCUACUAUGGGAUCAGUCAUUUUGCAUCAGAUCCCCAAUAGCCUUAGGCUACACUCGUGGCCAUUUCACAGCUUUAGUUACAAUGGAGCCUUAUUCGAGACUAGAAGAUAGAGAUGCUGAUCAAGAAAUAACAUUCUUGCCAUUAAUGGACCACGAAAGAAAAAUGCUACCUGUUCAUUUCCUGACGCAAGCUGAGACUGGAAGGGAAGAAAGCAUUCUACGCCAAUGGUUAGAUGUAUGUGUCACAGAAGGUGGUUUACUGGUAGCACAACAGCGUCUUCAUAAACGACCUUUGCUCGUUGCUCAAAUGUUAGAAGAAUGGCUCAAUCACUAUCGUAGGCUUGCGCAAAUAAAUACUGCUCCUUUUACAAGUGCUCCCUUACUUCAAGGCUAUUCUAGUGAUGGGGAUACAGAUGAGGAAUAAAAAUAGCUUACAACAAAAUGAAAUCCAAUCACAAACACUAAUAAGGUAUUGUUUCUACCUUUGAACACAAAUUAAUCACAAAUUGUGCAAAAAUUAUCACGUUAAUACUAAAAAAAAAACAUAAACACUAAAUAAAAAAUAUAUAUAUAAA